AUGAGAUUUUCCAAGGUUUUAGUGAGCCUUGCAUUGAUAUCUCAGGCUAUUGCGGUGUAUCCUCCACCGGUAGGCAGCAACGACGGUGAUGUUGCCAUCACUGGUUUUGGCGCAGGAGCUGCUUCCGGAUCAGACUCGAGCAGCUUGGUUUCCGAGAAGGCUGAAGCUUCUGAUUCGAAGGUUUCUGGGAUUGGCGAGAACAGUGGCUCCAUUUUGAGCUCCCAGAAGACGCCUCUUGAGGGACAGGACCAAAAAGCUGAAGGAGGCUUUAACGCGUUCCUCAUGUCAAUUUCCAUGAUUAUAGUCUCGGAGAUCGGCGACAAGACCUUUUUGAUUGCUGCGCUUAUGGCCAUGAAGUCGCCGCGUUUGGUUGUUUUUACUGCCGCGUUCUCGUCAUUGGCCGUCAUGACUGUCCUCUCAGGAGUUGUAGGACACACGUUGCCAGCCUUGAUCCCCCAGAGAUUAACCCAGUUUCUUGCAGGUAUCUUAUUUAUCGUGUUUGGUGUCAAGCUAUUCAAUGAAGGACUUGGAAUGUCCAAGGAGCUCGGUGUUGGCGAGGAAAUGGCUGAGGUAGAGGAAGAAAUUGCUUCUUCCGCGAUCAACAGUCGCAUGAACGCCAGCGAACUGGGCAAGGAGUUCAACGAGCCGGCCUACAAGAAGGUCUUGGAGAAUGCUACCAAUCUGGUUUCGUUUGUGCUCUCCCCAAGAUGGGUCCAGGUGUUCGUCAUGACGUUUUUGGGUGAAUGGGGAGACCGCUCCCAGAUCGCCACGAUAGCAAUGGCUGCUGGUUCAGACUAUUGGUUCGUCAUUCUCGGAGCAAUUAUUGGACACGGCCUGUGCACUGCUGCUGCUGUGAUUGGCGGGAAGUUGCUUGCUUCGAAAAUCUCCAUGAGAAACGUGACUUUGGGUGGUGCUGUUGCGUUCUUCGUCUUUUCCAUCUUGUACUUCUACGAGGCUUCGUACAACACUGGAGAGUAA